CCCCAGCUCGCCCGGUGGAGUUGCACGAGGCGGCGGCGGCGGGAGCUGGAAUAGCAGAAGGAACCGCCUCGCUCAGUCGGCCGGAGCCCUGCAGUGGCUCAGACGGUUGCGGGGACCGCCAGGUUGCCACAUCUCCCCGAGGCAGGCCUGCCGGGAGCGCUGCAUGCAAAUUCGGUUGCGGGCUAGGGCACGCUAACCGGAGUCGUAGGCAUGGAUUUCGUCAUGAAGCAGGCCCUUGGAGGGGCCACCAAGGACAUGGGGAAGAUGCUGGGGGGAGAGGAGGAGAAGGACCCAGACGCGCAGAAGAAGGAGGAGGAGAGGCAGGAGGCGCUGCGGCAGCAGGAGGAGGAGCGCAAGGCCAAGCACGCGCGCAUGGAGGCCGAACGAGAGAAGGUCCGGCAGCAGAUCCGAGACAAGUAUGGGCUGAAGAAGAAGGAGGAGAAGGAGGCUGAGGAGAAGGCAGCCCUGGAGCAGCCCUGCGAGGGAAGCCUGACCCGGCCCAAGAAGGCCAUCCCCGCGGGCUGCGGGGACGAGGAGGAGGAGGAGGAGGAGAGCAUCCUGGACACGGUGCUCAAAUAUCUGCCCGGGCCGCUGCAGGACAUGUUCAAGAAGUAACCAGCCUCCUGCCCCGCCCCCACUCCCCUUGUUACUUUUUUUUUUUUUUUGGUUCUUUCUUUUUUUUUCUUUCAGUUAAGUCUCAGUUCUGAAGGGGAAAACCUCAGUUGGCCUCUGCUCCCCUUCCCUGGCCAGGGGCUUCUCCCCCUGAGCACUCCCUGACACCCCUUCAUCCCAGGGAUCCAGCCCUCACCUCACUCCCAAGUUGCUAGAAAAAGUGAAGACAGCUUUUCCCCAGAAGGGGGCAUUGAACCCAGUGUGGGAGGCAAGGGGGGCCCCUCCAGAAGCCUCAAGUCCGUGCUAGUGUAGUAACCCCCCUACAUUCCUUCAUGCGCCCCACUGCCAGGAGGACCACCGUCCCCAGCCAGCCAAAGUAAUGACACAUUCCAGCCCUGCCCAGCAUGCUGACCUUUGGCCUCUGACACCCAGGUCAGAGCAGGGGCCUUGAAUGGCCUGGCUCUGAGGAAGGGAGUCAGGGUAAGCCUGCCCUGCAAGGGCCCUGCCCUGAGAGGCCCCACUGUAUUCUGGCCAGGCCUGGGUCUGGGCAGGAGGCUGGGGCUCUUAUUCUUCCGCCCCCGUGACGACACCCAGCCCAGGAGCACCCCUCCCCCAGCCCCCACCAGAAGAGGUAUAGCCCCUGCCAAGCCAGUCCCUCCAAACGGAUCCUCUUUGGACUUUAACUCAUCUGUGGAGGGUCCCCGGGUAGGGCAGCCCCUUGUUCCCCCCACUCCACUUAGGUCCUGGUGCCCCACUGCCAGGCUGGGCCCAGCUUGCCCAGCUGAGGGGCUGCCCAGGCCCCCCCAGAAAACACUCGGAGCCAUUGGGCAGUGAUGGCCCAUGCCAUGGGAGCCUCCCCUUGGUGCAGCCAAGCUGCCCCCAUUUCUAUCCACCCCUCUUCCCCACCCUGUCCUGUCCAUGUGUUUCUAGAGCCCCAUGCUCCCCAGGAGGACCCUACCUGGCCAAAGCCCCAAGCCUCUGGGGAGAAGCCAGUUCCCACUUAACAGAGGCCUCUGUCCAUUCUUCUCAUUGGCCAAGAACAAACUCUCCUCUGGGAUGAGUGAGACUGGCAUUUGUCCCUCACCCCCAAAGUUGUCAAGGCCUCCUGCUCAAUUGGUUGUGUGAGAACUGGGGGGCCAUGGAGCACAUGAGAGAGGAAAGUGUGUGUCCAUUCAUGCACGAGUGUGUGUAGCAGAGACUGCAUCAGCAAUUGUAUGUCCAGAGAGUGUACAUAUAUGUGUAUGGUUAGAGUGUGUGUGUCUUGAGAUUGUGUAUCUGUGUUGGUCAUCAUAUCCCUGUGUUAGAGACUGUGUAUGCUAGGCAGCGUUGCAUACGUGGGCUUGUGUAAGGUGGUGUGUAUGAGUUGAGAUUGUGUCAUAUGUGUGAGCUAACUAUCUCACGUGUGUGUUAGAGCUGGCAUGUGUUAGCUUGUAUCUGCAUGUGUUUUCAAAACAGCAUGUGUGUCAGGAGUGAUGGGUAUGUGUUAGAGGUUGUAGAAGUGUGUAUGUGAGAGAGUUGUCAGAAGUGCUGAGACUGUUGUGUAUGUGUGUGUCGGUCUGAAAAGGCAGUUGUGUGCAGGGACGUGUGCUUGGGGAGAAAGAACAUGAGUCAGAUGCCCCCUCUCAGCCCCGAGACCAUUGGUCACAGGUGGUCACAUCCAAUAGGAGACCUUGUCCUUGGCCUAGAGUCCCCCCACCCUUGGGGGGUUCCUGCCUGAAGUCCUCAGAAGUCUGCUGUGACAGACCCAGGCAGUGCCCCAAGAAGCCAUGCUGGCCCCCCGCCAGGGCCAACCCCAAAAGCAGGGGCCAGGGAGGGGGUGACUUGCCUGCCCUCAAAGCCCCUGCCCCAUUGGCCCCAGUUUGCAUUCUGCAGGUUUUCAAUUUUAGUGGAUUUAUGCUUUUAUUUCAGAGAGAGACAAGUGUCUCCUCUGUCCGUUUCCAAUAGUUAAAGCCAUAUCAGUUAGACUGCAAUACUUUAAAGAUGAGACAACACAAUCCAUAUGUUUAGGGAACCAGAAAAGUCCCCUGGUCUAUCCCUUCUCUGGGGAGCAGGGCCUCAGCAAUGCCAGCUCCCUGGACUUGCCCUUCUCCCCCACCCCAUCCCCUCCCCGGUGCCCCUGUGUCCUGCCCCCCAGGGGGCCCAUGUCCGUGUCUGUGAUGGGGAGCCACCUCGCAGCCCUGUUGUCUGCUCGUCUGUUUGUGUCUGUUAUCCUGGGCAGGAUGGUCAUUCUCUAGAGCCCUGGGGUCCUGGGACAGAGACAGGCAGGGCCCAGUCUAGGGACCCCAGGCCUCCCCAGACCCUGUGUAUGAGCCCCACCUGGAAACAGGAGUGGAUCCCAAGUGUUCAGAAAGGUCUCCCCCUCGACAAGGGCUCACAGACCUUGAAGGUGGUGCCAGGGCACAGAGAGUGCCAGAUGGGCAGCGGAGACCGAGGCCAGGGAGCUCCAGAUGAUCAGGGGAACCUAGCCAUACGAUAUAUCCCAGGGGAGCCUGAGGGACCCCAGACCCUCAGAGGGCAUCCCUGCUGGUCUUCACAGCCCCUCUGCACCCCCCAAGCAGGCUCAGGGCUUUUCCCAUAUAAUAGUGCCCUCCAGGCUGGCUGGCUUAGUCUGGUGCAAGUCCCAGACUCUUCCCGACUUCCCCAGCUUGCUCUCAAGCAGCAGGACUGGAGGUCUUCCUGGAGAUGGAAACAAGGGGGGAGUUUCUGCCUGGAGCAUACCUGGCUCCAACUGCCAGGUGAUCACUCUUGGGUCCAGGGGGACGCGAUGACUGUCAUUCCUGACACAGACCUGACUGUGGAGAGAAGCUAAUGUGUGGCCCAGAGAGGAUGUCGUGUGCAACACACUCAAGGGGGGCACAAAAUAUGUGUGGGAUGCUUUAGCAGGGAAGGGAUAUUCACAUGAUGUACCUGGGGCAGGAGGAGUGUGUGGUCCACUGGAUGGGAGGGAGGUGAGUGUGUCAUGCACAAAUGGGGCAAUGUGCACCUGACACACUUAGGAGGCAGGGGCAGGGAGGGAGUGGCCCCAGAAUUCAGCCCUCGCACACACACACAACGUAUAAAGGAGACAUCCCCGAGCUAGGGAAAUAGGAAGGAGCAGUCAUUGUGCACGGGUAACAACAGAGCAAAAUGCAAGGGAGUGUGCACCGCCCAGUGUGGGCAUGUGUGCCUGCAGGGAGGCCGCCGCCUGCUGUGUGCCUGCGAGCUCACCGCCAGAGUGAAGGGAGAAGGCCUCUCUGGAUCUCCCGCGCUGGGCGCUGGUGACAGGGCGGGAUUUCCACACGUGGACAUCCUCUGUUCCAAGUCUAGAAGCUCCUAGAAGGUGUCCUUAACGGCAAAGCUGUGUGGGGUCUCCUCCAAUGCAAGGAAGUCAAGAGACCCUCCCAGGUGUGUGUGUGGGAGAGAGAGAACGGGAAAGAGAGAGAGAACGGGAAAGAGAGACAGAGAACAGAAGUGUUUCAGCCCAGUCCCCCUCAGGUGGGGCAGCUGGUGGGCAAAGCAGCCCCCCCAAAGGCUUGUGGCUAGAGUGAAAUGGGGCAGACCUCCAGCCCCAAGAGCCCCCGGCACCCAGCUGGCAGGGCUGUCUACCCCCACCCCUCAACUGCUCCAUCUUUCUGGGGUCCUGCAGGCCCUUGACUAGACAGGGGGGCUGGGGGUCCGACUGGCUCAGAUGAGGGGACAUCUCCCAGGCCUGAGGACAUGCCUCCCCCACACGUUCCCUGCACCUGUUGCCCACCCUCUUCGCCGGGGAAAGAAUGGGAGGUGCUCAUGCAGGCCCUGGGGUGGGGCGGGGGUCCUAACGAGACCCAGGUGAGGACGACCAUCCUGCUCGUGCGGGGCAAUCCCUUUCCCACAUCUGUGCUGUGUCCUUGUUGCUCUGCUUCCUUUAAAUGUGUCAGUGCCUGGGGGAGGGGAGGGAUCCCCCUCACGCCCCCCGAACCUGACCAAAAGCCAUGGCUGUUGCUCCCCCUUUGUAUGACGCGAUGCUAAGAUGUACCAAACCAAUCGUGACAACAAAGAGAAGACCAUGUA